GCUGUGGUUAGGGCCAGUUCCACGUUGCCAGCAGCACGUCAGCCGGCAGCCAGCAGUCUGAGUCCACGUCAUCAGUGAAGCAGGAGUUUGCAUACCUGUCAUUGAUCAGGCAGCAGUUCGCGUGCAGGUCAUCAAUCAAGCAGGAGUUCGUGUACACGUCAUCAAUCGAGGUUAUCAGCAGCCAGCAGUUUAAAUAUCUAGAGUACACGUCAACAACUCAAUCCGGAGUACAUGUCAGCACUCAAUCAGGACUCCACGUCAGCACUCAAUCAGGAGUCCACGUCAUCCUCUUCCUCGACCACCUGUCGCCCCGCUCGUGCGCUUAAUCAUCUUCUUUCCAUUUGAUCUCGUGGUGGAAAGGAAAGGAGGAGAUGGCUUCCCCUCUAGCCAUCAGGGCUGUGCCUAGGUGGAAGAAUUGGCUUGUUGCGGGCAGCCUCUCGGCGUUUGCCGGUGCAGUGUACCUGUACACAAUGAAAGCUGUUGCAAGCGAUGACAUAGACCGCGCUGUUGCCCAAGUGGAGAGAGAGAAAGCCAUGGAGGCAAAGUCGCAGAAGAGGAAAGUCAAAGUGAGCAUCAAGGAUUUCCGGAAGUCAACGGGCGGCGAUCAGGGGGCGGAAGGGGGGGGAGUGAUCAAAGGCAUCCUGGACGUCGAGACCGACAAGCUGCAGAGGGAUCCCAGCGGUGAGAGAGCAUGCUUAGCUGUCAUUGUGUGCGGGGAGGAUGGGGAGUACUACAGCGACCCGUGUACCGCGGCCGACUUCGGUAUCCCAACCAGUCCCGACUAUAGCGUCUGUGAAGGUAAGCCUCAGUAUUCCCUCGUUGCCUGCGACUCUGACGGCGUCUGCCAUGCAGACGACGACGACGACGACGACGACGAAGCAGAAGAAGAAGAAGAAGAAGAAGGAGCACAUGAUGACGUCCACUCCUCUUCCCAAGCACGCCAUGCCCGGUAUGAUCACGACGCUGAAGAGGGUGCUCAGCUGGAAGGAGGCGUGGGAGAAGAAAAAGAUGACGUCAACUCCACCUCCUCGAUAGAAGUGCAUGGCAAUGGCGAUGGGGAGAAUGGUCAGCACAACCUUGGACUCUCUCAUUCCCUGAGGCAGGAAGAAGAACAAGAGUUGGGAUCAACUCCAUCCUCUCUCUCUUUCCGACUAAGUUCUGCGGGCAGCGCCAGCAGACCAAGGUACGUGCCUGGUCCGGUUCACCUCUUCCUUCGCCAGCAUGUGCCAGUCCCUCUGCCUAACCACAAAGCAAACGGAGAACACAUAACGUUGGACGUCAACACGUGGCUUCGCAGCGCUCUGGUGUCGACAGAUAUCCCUCCGCGGGUGACAAGUGUGGUGUUCUGGGUGAGUCACACAGCAGAAGGCGGCGCGCUUUACUUGCUGCUGAAGCGCGCCGAGGGAGGUGUUUGUCUUAAGACCGUCGACGUUGAGAAGCAGGUCGACAUAUCGUUCGACUGCGGACCCGGCAUCGCGCAGGCGGCGCAGUAUGCCAAGUUUCACAGAGGAACGAUUCAAAAAGCCAAGAACAGAGACUUCAACGACGCUAGACUGGUGUACUUGCGCACAGGGAAACAGAGUGCAUCGUGCUUCAACUCCCUCGUUUGCGCCAGAUACCAUAGGAAUGGUACCCUCACGUACGUCGGCCACGCCACGCAUCAGUCCAUCGCGGCAACCAGCAAACCCUUCCUUCUCUACACCAAUAGGGGAGCGGAACUCGAGGUUGUCGACUACACCACUGCAAGCCCGCCCAAGACCAAAAGGCGAUAUGCCGCCAUCGAACUCCUCCACCGAUUAGAUCAGGAGUAAGCCCCCCCCCCCCC